CUUUAAACAAGUCAGUACGUUUUGCUGAUAUAUUGUAUAUUCGUAUGUCAUGUAAGUUCGCGAACGCUCUGUUUUGAACCGAUACGUGUCGAUACGCUUACAUUUUUUUCCUUUCGAUCUUGAUAGUGUUUCAUUGGCGGUCGCAUAGAUAAUAAAUAUCUUUAGUUUUCGUUUUUUUUCGUUUUAAUUUUCGCAGUUUCGUUGAUAACGUCCGUGUCCAUAUAAUAUUAACUUUUAAAUUAUCACUCAUAACGCUUCUGAUUUUUGGAAACAAAUACAAGUUCAAUAGACAACAGUGUAACAUUGUAGACUUCAAAAAGCGUAAACCCGACUUAAACCGUCUGUGACAAUCUGCUGUUUUUUCGACCAGUUGUCAAUAAUUUAAGUUUGGUUUGAUAUAUAUCAAUACUAUUCCUAUUUGAUAUUAAUUUUAUGCUCCGAUUGUCUUGAGCAAGACCAUCAUGAAAUUAGUCAAGUUUUUGAUGAAACUAAGUCAUGAAACGGUGACAUUAGAACUGAAAAAUGGCACUAGUGUUCACGGAACCAUUACAGGAGUUGAUGUAGCCAUGAACACUCAUUUGAAAGCAGUAAAAAUGACUACAAAAAAUAAUCAGCCAGUACAUUAUGAUUCACUAAGCAUUCGUGGUAACAAUAUACGAUACUUCAUUUUACCAGAUUCACUAACCCUAGAAACAUUACUAGUUGACGAUGCACCUAAAUCAAGGGUAAAUCGUAAUGGACGAGGAGUUCGUGGAGGACCUGGAAGGGGCCGUGGACGUGGAGGUCCUAGAGGACGAGGAAGUCGUGGAGGACCUCGAGGAGGUGGAGGUCGUGGACGUGGUGGUCCACCUCGACGUUAAAAACGUAAACCAUGUUCCUAAUAUAUUAAAAAAUGUUUGAACUAUAUUAUUUUCAAAUUUAUAAUUUAAAUAAAGUUAAAAUCCUAACUGUCAUGAA